CAUGAAAAGAGGAAGACAGUUUCUCUGAGUCCUCUGCGAGGCCACUCCCAAAGGGUGGCCUCCCCUUGAGGUUAAAAGCAGAAGGAAUGACAAAGGUGUGACUGUGCCGAGAAGAGUGAUAGACAGGUAUUCAGACCUCAGCCACAGUGAGGAUUUUACCUUUCAAACCCCAGGAACAGAGCCAUCUCCAGAGGUGAGAGUCCAAAAUGAGCUCCUACUCAACUUCCAAGACCAAAGCGCUCGAUGACAGCAAGAAGAAAACCUCUCUGCUGAAGGACAACAGCUGGAUCCGAAAAACUGAUGACGAAGACGAGCCCGUCGACCGAGACCCAAACUUUGGUAAAAGUGUCCUGAGUCGAGUGAAUAACACUGAUACCACUGAUAGUACCCCAGAACCCAAGUCAACAAGAACAACUAAAACAAGCUCAUCCUCAUCUGUCCAAGCUCUCUCCAAGAGGUUCAGUGGAAGCACAGAUGACCUGAAAACCAUGAAACCGUCUUACUACUCAAAAAGAACUUCCGGUGCGAAGACAGAAACGUCCAGCACCACUAAAAGCACAAAGGUGACUAAGGACGGGACAACUGAGGCCACCGUCACUACCACCCAAAGUGUCAAGUCUCCUGUGACCAAAACACCCAAUAAAACUGAGACGUUCAUGGAGCGUGUCAAAUCCUCAAGCAAAGAUUCACAGUACUCAAGCUACUCGCCUACCAAGACAACAAAACCGACUAUUCCCACCACUAAGGGAGCGGAAGACCAACUUUACAACUCACUGACCCAAUCACCUUUGAAGGACGACUCCCCAACUAAAGACAGCAAAACAACUGUGACCACAACUGAGACUGUGACGGUGAAAAGUAGCAGUGAUGCAAUGGCUGAAGACAAGUUGUACGACUCCCUCCUGCCUGAUCCGAUCAAAUCUCCCGACAGCAGCACAACCAGCACAAAGACAAAGACAAAGACAAAGACAAAGAAAGUGGACAGCAGCAGUGAGACUGUGACGGCGAAAAGCAGCAGCGAUGCGAUUGCUGAGGACAAACUCUAUGACACUCUGAUUCCCAGUGCUAUCAAGGAUGGAGACAGUAAAAAAACAACUGUGUCCAGCAGUGAGCCUGUGACGGUGAAGAGCUCCAACACUGUAGAUGACCCCAAAACAACACCAACAAAAACAGUCACUGUAAAGUCCUCCUCAACGCCCGCGGAUGACCUCUAUGACACCCUCCUGCCGAAAGCCAUCACAUCUCCUGUCAGUUCAAGCAAAACGGUGAAGGACAUUAUCACAGUCAACACCAAAAAAGAAGACGAAACCCCAUCAACACCGUCAUCCACACGCAGCGUCAGCUACAGCUCAAACAUUGACGAUACUCCCUACUCUCCCACCAGCUCGUACAGCGACUAUAAAUCCUACUCCUACUCCAGACCAGACUCCAGCUAUGAGUACAGCAGCCUCAACAGCCCCUCGCUCUACAGCUCCACAUCAUACAAGAGCAGCAGCUCUCACAGCUUGUCAGAUGACAUCCUGUCAGAUCCGAUCUACUCCAAGUCUUCCACGAAGAGUGUUUAUCAGUCCCCUGACAGGCCUGUGCUGGAGAAGGACCUGUGCACCACCUGCCGAAAGCCCUUCACUGGAGACGCCAAGAUGGUCCUGGACGACAUGAAGAUCAACUGCCACGCCACCUGCUUCAAAUGUGAUGUCUGCAACGGCUCUCUGGGCUACAUGAAAGCCGGGGACAGCAUGUGGAUCUACAAGCGCAAGGUGCACUGCGAAAACUGCUUCGAGAACACCAGAGAAAAAUGGCACCGCUGAAGAAGCUCCUCACAGAUUAUUGCAUUCUGAUGGUGUGGGUGAUGAGGGUCGUACUAAGACGUUUUAAGUGGGUGCUUUAAAAAAAAAAAAAAUCACAGUUACAUAAUGUAAAUUACAUUUUCAUGUGACUCUACAGACCACACAUGGCAUGAAAUCUACUAGUACAUCUGUCUCUACCUCUACACUGUAUAUCUCUUUCUAUACUCUCUUUAAUGUGUCACUUCUUGGGGGACUCUUGUGAGUAACAUGACAGGAUAUUCUACAAUAAUGAGGGCCGGGGGCUUUUUCUUUGUGCAAUAAGGGCAAAUAAUAAAAAAAAAACUUCGUUAUUUACAUUUUUUCUUGAAAGUCUUUGUUCUUUGAGUCUACGUUUACUGCUAAAUUAUUACGUGAUGAUACAGAACAAAAAAAAAAGAUGAUAAAAGAAAGACUUGUACUUAAAUAAAAUUUUAAAUUACUGAAGACUGUGUUUUUUUGUUUUGUUUUUUGUUUUAAACCGGAUGCUAAAAUCUCAAGUAAAAGGUCAGGCUGUCUAUUGUUAGAGGGGAAUUGAAGAAUAUCUGUUUGCAAUUCCCUAUUCAAGGGUGUCUUUGCCUUUGUAAAACCUGCAACUGAACAAAUAAAGUUAAUGCAACAAUGUAUGUUAAAUGUAUCUUUCAAAUGAUUAGAGCACUCUGCAAUGUUGUUUUUGUAUUUUUUUAAUUGCAAUUGAAUAUAUUACAUAGAGGAACAGCAAACAGCAUUUGAUCAGCACUGUGUGUACUGCUAAUUGAAAGACAGUCCUAAAGAGCAAUAAAGUCACAAUACUUGGUAUGUCUGUAAAAUACCUGGAGUGCAUUACUUGUUUUUUAUUAACUUUGUCAAUAUCAGAAUUUAAAAU